AUGGUUAUAUCUUUUUCGAACGAUGAUCUAAAAGGAGUGCAGACACCACAUGACGACACCUUGGUAAUCACCAUGACUUUAGUCGAUUGCAGGGUAAAGAGGAUUUUGGUGGAUAACAGCAGCUCAGCUAAUAUCCUAUUCCUCGAAGCCUUCCAAAAGAUGGGUUUGGACAAAGAAAAGCUAAAGAAGGUCGAACACCAAUUGCAAGGGUUCUUAGGGGCCUUGGUAAGAGUUGAAGGUUUAAUUGAAUUACCAGUAAGAGCUGGCACUAGAGACAGCCAAGUCACAGUUAUAAUAAACUUCCUCGUGGUCGACAUCACUUCUGCGUACAAUGUCAUAUUGGGAAGAGUUGGCUUGAACCUGCUAAAAGCCAUCGUUUCCUCACAACAUCUCAAGAUGAAGUUUCCUAUAAGGAAUGGGGUUGGUGAACGCCGAGGUGAUCAAGAAGCAUCCCAAAAAUACUAUGCCACUACCCUAUGGGGAAAAGAGAAAGCAGGCGAAGCACUUUCGAUAAAAUACCUACGCGAUGACACCAAUCAUCGAAGUGGAGAACCAGUUGAGGACUUAAUCCUGUUUGAUGUUGAAGAAGGGGACAACAAUCCCUUAGACAUACCUGGGAUAGCUCGAGAAGUGAUUGAGCAUCAACUAAGUGUUAAUCCGCCUAAGAAGCUAGUACAGCAGAAAAAGAGAGCUUUCACCCCUGAGAGGCAGCAGAAGAUAGAUGAAGAGGUAGAGAAAUUGCUAAAGGCAAAGUUCAUCCGCUAA